CCUCCGCUCGAGUCCGCGGUGGGGAGGUCGAGGGCGUCGCCAUUUUGGAUGCCGAGCGGCUCCUCGGAAGUCGGCUUCUUCCGUUUUCACGUCCAGAUCCCUCCAGGAGCAGCAGGACAACAUGCUGGGCUCUGGGUUCAAAGCUGAGCGCUUACGAGUCAAUUUGAGAUUAGUUAUAAAUCGUCUUAAACUGUUGGAGAAAAAAAAAACCGAACUGGCUCAGAAGGCAAGGAAGGAGAUUGCUGACUACCUGGCCGCCGGAAAGGAUGAGCGAGCACGCAUCCGGGUGGAGCACAUAAUCCGGGAGGACUACCUUGUGGAGGCCAUGGAGAUCCUGGAGCUGUACUGUGACCUGCUGCUGGCGCGCUUUGGCCUUAUCCAGUCUAUGAAGGAGCUAGAUUCUGGUCUAGCUGAAUCCGUGUCUACACUGAUUUGGGCUGCACCUCGGCUUCAGUCAGAAGUGGCUGAGUUGAAAAUAGUUGCCGAUCAGCUCUGUGCCAAAUACAGCAAGGAAUAUGGCAAGUUGUGCAGGACCAACCAGAUCGGGACUGUGAAUGACAGGCUAAUGCACAAACUGAGCGUAGAAGCCCCACCCAAAAUCCUAGUGGAGAGAUACCUGAUUGAAAUUGCCAAGAAUUACAAUGUGCCCUACGAACCUGACUCUGUGGUCAUGGCAGAAGCUCCUGUUGGGGUGGAGACAGAUCUUAUUGAUGUUGGAUUUACGGACGAUGUGAAGAAAGGUGGUCCUGGAAGAGGAGGAGGGGGCGGGUUCACAGCCCCUGUUGGGGGACCUGAUGGGAUUGUGCCCAUGCCCAUGCCUAUGCCCAUGCCAUCUCCAAAUGCUCCCUUCGCAUACCCACUGCCAAAGGGACCAUCGGAUUUCAGUGGAUUGCCAGUCGGGACUUACCAGGCCUUUCCUAACAUUCACCCACCUCAGAUACCAGCAACUCCCCCAUCCUAUGAAUCUGUUGAUGACAUUAAUGGUGAUAAAACUGUUUCUUCUGCACAGAUUGUUGGACCCAAGCCAGAAGCUCCUGCAAAGCCCCCUUCCAGACCCGUGGAUAACUACAACACCUUUGUACUGCCAGAGUUGCCAUCGGUGCCAGACACACUCCCAACUGCCUCUGCUGGAGCCAGUACCUCAGCAUCAGAAGACAUAGACUUUGAUGAUCUUUCCCGGAGAUUUGAGGAACUGAAAAAGAAAACAUAGGUCUCUUAAACCAGACAGCAGCCACAUUCUGGAAGUUGAUAGUGAACAGUUCAUGUAACAGUGACUCUCCAUGAAAUUCCGUUUUCUCUGUUAACCGUCACUGAGCACUCUUCCUCCUCGGGGCUCUCUGCUGCUCUACCAAUUGUGUUGCUUUCCACUUCUUCAGUGAUCCUGAGAGACUAACAGCUGGAGACUCUGGCUGGAGCAGUUGGCUCCUAUUGGCUGUGUUUGCCUGUUUGUCUUCCUGUCACAUGGAUCCUUGGUUCUUUCCCGGUCAUUCCAUUCCCAGGGAGUGAGAAGUAUUGUAGGUAGAGUUGCCAAAGAUGGCUGGACCAUGGAAGAGAGUACCCUAUGAAGGGUUUCAACCUUGACUAAUAAAUACUUCCCUCUGCAUGGGGGUGAUCGUAGAGAGAAUCAAGGCUACCAUGUGUUUUCUCAUGAGUUAGAAGAUGGCUCAGGAAGCCACUGUCACGGUUCCUGGAGGCUGGGCCCUCUCAUUGACAUGUACACUACUCCUCGCUGCAGGGCACUGUUCCACCUGGAUCCAGUUGCAAAGUUUGUUUGGAAAAGUUCUCUUAGUUUUACUGGAUUCUCAGGGAGCCCUCUGUGGCCUUUUCCUUUAUUUUGAGUGCUGUUUCCUUUUUAGGAAAGAACAGCACUGUGGAAAUUUGCUUUUCCCCAUAGCAUGUUAGGAAGGAAGUGCAGGUCGUUAUCUAAGCUAGCGUGGGCUUCCAGUUGCCUUAAUAGAAGUACUCAAGUCUCUUGGGUAGAGAUCUGGAAGCCUACAGGAGAGGAGGGGUACUUGUUUUCAUUGGAAAACUUUUAUGAUUAAGGGAAUCUUUACAAAAUGGUAUCUUAAGUUUUAGUGCCAUGUAGCUGUAGUUUGCUGCUUUCCUGGGUGGAUGAAACUCUUUAUUAUGGUAACUUUUGUGCUGCUUUGCCCCUAGCCAAGGCUCUCCUUCCCCAAGAGGUUAGCUUUGGCAUUGGAAGAUGAGAUUUUUGCUUACCUGUAAUAUUUCUGUACAUACCUGUUUCCAGCAACUUCAGUGUCAAUGUUUUUGAUUUAUUUGUAUCUCAUCGCUCUAGCUGCUAAUAAAGACCCCAUGUCCUGCUUUCUCGA